AUGGCAACCAACAACGUCUGGAACGAGCACCGCACCCGCAUAGCAGGCGGCUGGAAAUGCGUCUCCUACGAAAUGUUCGACAACAGCGGCCCCGAACGAACCCUGAUCGCGAAACCGCACGGCGAGAAUCCCCUGGGCAGAGUUUCCAUCUCACGCAAUGGCUGGCUCGCCGCACACCUCGCUCGACCCGAACGAAUGCACAAGCUGCGAUCCGGGAAGCCGUGGCAGACCGCGGCUGACAAGGAAGUCGCCUACGUAGCAAGAGGUCUGUCUAUGUACUGCGGCCAUCUCAAGCUGUGUCAAGCUGAGGAAGGUGGGCUGUAUUGGCCGACGUUGGUGGAGAUUAGUACAGAUCCGAACCGCAUGGGUGGGAUUGAAGAGCGGAAGGUGACUUUGCUGGAGGAGGAUGGCAAGUCUUAUAUGGUUCUUGAGCCGAAGCAGGAUGUGCUGCUUGAUGAACUGACAAAGCUUGAGGAUGGCACACCCACACGGGCAGUUCUGAAGUGGGAGAAGUUCGAAUAG